AUGGCCUCUAAAAUGCUUCAAGUGGCUCUGUGUUCAACUUUGCUUAUAGGAGCAUUGGCAGCGCCAUUUUUGUUGGAAGAUCCAGCAAACCAGUUCCUACAUCUCAAAAGACACAUAUAUUUGCAGGAUUACUGGGACCCAGAUCAUAGUCCGAAUACGUGGGAACACACACUGGCUGAUCAGGCUCAUGAAAAAUGGAAUUCUUUGAAGACAACAGCACAGUAUUAUCUGAAUGUGAAUCCCUUCACUUCUGACAUAUCUACUACCCAAUAA